AAUAUCUUCAGUCUGUCAUUUAAGUUUGUGAAAAACUUCAUAUUUGGGCAAAGGGGUUGUGGAAUUUUUAUCGUUACCCCACUUAGGUAACGUAAUGUUUUUUCUCUAGGCAGAAUUAACAAUGGAUUAUGGUUUAUUGAUCGAAACAAUUUAUAUAUUAGAUAUACAAAUUAAUGUGUUCUAAUAGAAAUAAAUAUGAAUUUUACUGAUUUGUAAAACUCAUUUGAAUUCACUGAUAUACAAAAGCAUCUCUUCAGCGUAAAUUAAAAUACCAUGGCUUUUAGAAAAGGAAAACGAAACUUGAAAUUGCAAGUUCCUGAUGAAGCUCUUGCUCCAGUGACACCUCCAAGAAACUUAGAUAAAAGAACUACGAUAACUAUAGGUGAGAAAACAUUUGUCGUUGAGGCUGAUGAUUUAGAAACGUUGUGUAUACUUGGACGUGGAGCGUAUGGUGUUGUCGACAAAAUGCGACAUAAACAAAGUGGUACCAUUAUGGCAGUUAAGAGGAUAACUGCCACGGUCAAUACUCAAGAACAGAAACGUUUAGUUAUGGAUUUGGAUAUUUCUAUGCGUAGUUCAGCGUGUCCGUAUACUGUACAAUUCUAUGGAGCAUUAUUUAGAGAAGGUGAUGUUUGGAUUUGUAUGGAGGUGAUGGAUAUGAGUCUUGAUAAAUUUUACACUAAAAUCUACAAACAUGGAUAUUCAAUUCCAGAAGAUAUCUUAGGAAAAGUGGCAUUUGCUGUAGUAAGCGCAUUACAUUAUCUCUAUUCACAACUAAGAGUUAUACACAGAGAUGUAAAACCCAGUAAUAUUUUAAUUAAUCGAGAAGGGGAAGUUAAAAUCUGUGAUUUUGGAAUUUCUGGCUACCUUGUCGAUUCUGUUGCUAAAACUAUAGAUGCUGGCUGUAAACCAUACAUGGCACCAGAAAGGAUAGAUCCAUCAGGAAACCCUUCACAGUACGACAUCAGAUCUGAUGUCUGGUCUUUAGGAAUUUCUCUUGUUGAAUUAGCUACUGGGAAAUUUCCUUACGAGUCUUGGGGAACACCAUUCGAACAAUUGAAACAAGUUGUUAAAGACGAAGCACCAAAAUUACCUUCUGGCAAAUUCUCAUCUAGUUUUGAGGAAUUUAUUAACAAAUGCUUAAUGAAGGAUUACACUUCUCGUCCAAAUUACAGUCAACUUCUUGAGCUCAGCUUUAUUAAAGAACAUGCGAAAAAAGAUACUGACGUUGCUGAAUUUGUCGGACAAAUUUUAGAUUUACCUGAUUUUGAGCAGCUUGCAUAGUAUAAGCAUUACUCAUAUAGAGUUUAUAUUGUAACUCUAAUGUACAUUUGUACUU